ACUCCAUCCUCUUUUCUAUAAAAAAACAUCUUAUUUCUCACGAGCGACAGAAGAGAGAAAAACAGGAGGCGCGCGUGACCGCUCUUCGCCUAAUUGAGAGUCAGUCAGGGAUUUACCAAAACUGCAAACCACAAACAUUUGACUAAAGGUGUCAUAUCCAUCCGAUAAAUAUGGGUUGCUUUGGAUUUUUGAAAACCAUGAUGUUUAUCUUCAAUGGUAUCAUCUUCCUGGCAGGAGCAGCUAUUCUGGGUGUGGGGAUCUGGGUGAAGGUGGACAGCGGGUCUGUCCUGAGUUUUCUGCAGAAUAUACAAGGAGCCCCAGGCGAGCUGGGGCAGGUGUUGAACGUGGGCUACCUCCUCAUCGCUGUGGGCGCUGUGCUGCUCAUCCUGGGCUUCCUGGGCUGCUGUGGAGCCAUCAGAGAGAGCAGGUGUAUGCUGCUGCUGUUCUUCAUCAUUAUUCUGCUUGUGUUCAUCGCUGAAGUCGCCGGGGCCAUUGUUCUGCUGGUCUUUAAGCCUGUGGCUGAAAACCUGAUCAAACAGGUGGAAGGCGAAGUUGUGAAGAGCAUCAGAAGCGAUUAUGGGAAAAAUCCGGACGUCACUGGACUGUGGAACACGACCAUGACCGCGCUGAAAUGCUGUGGCUUCAACAACUAUACAGAUUUCACGAAUUCUUUCUUUGUGAACAACACCAAGAGUUACCCCUUCCAGUGCUGUAAUAGACUUCCAUGCAAUGAGACCACAGUUUUUAAUUCGACUAUACCAGGUUGUUUCCCGGCGUUGAAGAAGCUGGUAGAUGAUAAUGCAGUUAUCAUCAUAGCUGUGGCAUUAGGCAUCGCUACUCUUGAGCUUGCGGCGAUGAUCGUCUCCAUGAUCCUGUACUGUAAAAUAGGAUCUAAACGGGAUUAAUGCCUCACCUUUAUCUUCGAUAUCUCUCUCAUGACUCCUCUGGUUUCCUGAGGAUGAGGUGGAUCAUCUGGCUUAAUAUCACUGUUACUUUAUCAACCUUUUCAAUUGUAUCAAACAGUAUGACGUCACAAGUCUCUCUGCAAAAAAACUAAAUAAAUUCAGACCGUCAAGCCUAAACUUUGACUGAAACAUGAGUUUUGAAAGAUCCCUGUGUACUGUUGUGUAAAAUUUGAGCUGUUUUAGCUGUUUUAAUGCCUAAUGUAUCUGUGAGACUGAAUCAAAUUUUUGUUUACCUUUUUUUUUUUUUUUACUUUGCCUAUGCAAGAUGUGUUUUCUUAUUUGAAAACCAAAACACUUUGUUUCAACUGCAUACCACCUCAGGCAUA